AGUCCAGGAAACCGCACGCAAGAGAAGGGAAAAGAAAAAGGGUAACCGCAUCGACGACGAACGUGUGUGCGUGUGUGUGCAUGUGUGUAUCGCGUCUGCCUCAUCUGAUUUGACUGAUUCUUGCGUUACUGUUGUUAUUACUAUUAUUAAUUAAUCAUCAAUAAUUAUUGCUCCCUCGCCAUGACGCACGUCGCACCCAAGGCGUUGCAUAAGCGCAUCAAGGGUACCAACGUGGAGGUGCGUAAGGACGUGACGGACGACAAUACCGAUGCCCAACUUGCCCUCCUCUACUCCAUCGGCGCCGACGACGAAACGGAGCUGCACUGGUUCCACAACACGCUGCGCCCCGAGCGCAACCUCGUCCACCCAUCAGACGCAUUUCUGCACGGCAUCAAAGUGCUCCGCCCGGCAGCCGUAUUUAACACCUUCGACGUGAAGAAGGCGAAGCUGCGUCGGCUGACGAAGCACGAGAAGGACAAGAUCACGGCGAUGACGCGUCGCAAGACGGAGAUGGCGCCCACGGCGGCGUACAAGGCCGCGGUGAACCCCCACAAGACUCCUCGCACGGGCGGGCAAGCACCGAUCGAGGAGGUGCGUGUGUUGUCGCGUGGUAUGAGUAAGGCGCAAAAGGCGCGCAGUCGUGCCCGGGUGGCGCACAAGGCGGGCACGACCAGCGGCGGUGCCGCGAGCGGGCAGAAGACGUACUUCACGAAGUGGAAAAAGCGGAAGCAGGAAAGGAUUGGACGUGGUUUAUAG